AUCGAGAGGGAUAAGACGGUUUUUAUGAUAAUUUUUUGAGCAUCUCUUGGAUGUUCAACGGUCGCAUGGGUGUGUUCGUGUUGUUUAUUAGUUGUGAAGCGUGAUUGUUUGUUGGAGCUUUCGUGUAGUGCUCCGGAAGCUUUUGCCCGGGAGCUCAUCUCGACGAUAAUCAGUAUACCGAUUGCUUGUCGAUUAUGAUUGCGGAUUGCUGAUUAAACCCUCACUCAGACGGGUUGGUACAAAGUGGAAGUUGUAUAAAAAAAAAACAAAUCGAAGCUAGAAGAAGAAGUGAUAACAUCGUGUUUAUUGAUAUAUUUAUCUGUUUAGCUUACAAUGCUAAUUAUUAUUAUUGAUGAGUAAUAAUCAUAGAAAAUUAGUAACUAAUGAUAAGAGUAACGAUCGAGCGUGAAUGAGUGCUGUUCUCCAUCAAUCAUCAAGUCGUAGUUGUUGUAAUCGGUGGUUGCAGCCAUAUUAACCUGCGUAACUAUUCUUAUUGAUCUCAAUCGUUCGAUAGAGAGUGUUAAAUGGUAAAUUUCACGUAUCUGAGCAAACGCUAGUAAAGGAGGAAACCGCUUCAAAACUAUACACUCGACUCGUAGGGUUGUUGAAUGCUGUGGAACGGUCAAUAGUAACAACUCGGUGAGUCGCAAUCAACAUCGUUGAGGGAAACUGCGUAAAUCCACCACCUUUGAUCAAGUAAUUCAUCUUACUCCCCGAAGAAGUCGUUCCACAUUCCAUCCCGUGGGCCUGAGAAUUUCUCGGCACGCGAGUCGGUAGAUUCGACAACAGCGACAACUACUGCAGCACUACUUGCAGCGGCGGCGGUGGAUCAUGUUUCAUUCGACUGCAGCGGCCGCGUAUUCGGACAUGACGGCAGCUGCGGUUGCGACUGGAAACUCAGGUUCCUACCAUCAGACGGCGUCGGUAGCGGCAGCGGCCGCAGCAGCCGCAAAUGCACCGGUGUAUGUUCCUUCCAAUCGAGCGCUUACCCACUCGCAGUAUGGCCAUGCGGCUAAUUUCCCGGCGCAAAAUGGCUGGCCGGCAGACAGUUUCGGCACCACUCACACUCAGCUCCCACCGCAGUUCUACGCGCAGAACGUGAUGAUGGGCUCCUGGCGCGCCUACGAUCCGACCGGAUUCCAGCGGACGUCACCAUAUGAUAGUGCAAUGGAAUUCCAGUUCGGCGAGGGACGGGAGUGUGUCAAUUGUGGGGCCAUCUCAACACCACUCUGGCGUCGCGACGGCACCGGUCACUAUCUCUGCAAUGCAUGCGGGCUCUAUCAUAAGAUGAACGGUAUGAAUCGUCCCUUGAUAAAGCCAAGCAAGAGAUUGGUGAGUACUGCCACUCGUCGGUUGGGACUUUGUUGCACGAACUGCGGAACACGUACUACGACGCUGUGGAGAAGGAACAACGAUGGCGAACCGGUGUGCAACGCGUGUGGACUGUAUUUCAAGCUGCACGGCGUAAACCGACCACUGGCGAUGCGCAAGGAUGGCAUCCAAACGCGCAAACGGAAACCCAAGAAAAGCGGAUCUGGUACGGGUGGAGCAACCGAUGUGAUGGCCCUCGUCGGGAAAAAGGAGGAUAUGGGUGAUGCAUCCCAUCUGCACACAGAUCGAAAUGGAAAUUCCAAACACCUUUCGGUGAGUCCCAAGACACCGAAUCUGACGUCCCCACCGUUACGAUCUCUACACAUUUCGCCUCAUCACCAUCAAUCGUAUAACCUGUCCUCGUCGCUGGCGUCUUCUCAUCACUCCUCGCCACUGGGCCUGGGAAGCAAAUACGAUCUCUCCUCGUUGUCCUGUGGAUCUCUGGGUGGAGGAAAUCUCAGCGGUUCGGUUUCCUCAUCCCAGCAACAACAGCAGCAGCAGACGCACAAUACAUCCCCAUUCUACUCGACACCCACAUCGAAUUCUGUUCAUCAUUCAUCCGCCGCAAAUAACUACAUCCACAAUACUGGUAGCAGUCUGGGAGCAUCUCCAUUCGGUCAAAUAAAAUCCGAAUCCAAUCCGCUAGCUGCUUCGACUCCAACUUCGGUCAGCUCCAACGGCUAUGGGGAUUACAUGAACAACUGUCUGCAGAGCGGUUACUUUGGAGGAACUUUUGGUUCGUUGCAUAGCCAUCAUAGCCCUCACUCGGCGGCUGUUAGCGGAGCAGUGAAUGGAGCUCUAACCCACGGUCAUCAUCAUCAUCACCACCAUCAUCACAGCACGGCUGCCGAUCUCGCUGGAUAUCAUCAUCAGCACAACGUUAUACAAGCAGCCAAACUGAUGGCCUCGUCCUAGGUGCCGGACGUUGUCGCAUAGAGACGGUCACACACAGAAACAGAUAAAGUGUACUUAUCCUUUAUUAGUUCCUCGCUUGGUAAUGCUUGUUUUAUCGUUACAUAAUGAACGUAUACAAUUUGACAGUGUAAGAUUUGGGCACAGAUAAAAUUUAUCUGUUUUAAAUAACGAUAAAAUGUAUAACGAUAUGUAGAAAUUAACCCAGAUGAAAAAGUUCACUAACAGCUGAAUUUUCGCAAUUCAACUGUUUUGUUAUUGAAGUGAAGUGCAUUUCAAUUUCGUACUAUUAGCGAAUUAAGAAGCUUCUUAUCACAGUAUUUUUAAGUGUAGGCAAAGAAAUCAUCGUGUUGUAAAUAUUAUCUGAUUCUAUGUAGCAUUCGUCAAAUUCCAUUUACUAAAUUAAUAAGAGAUAACUAUUUAUAUUAAGCAAUUGAUACACGCUAGCCACUCAACUCGAGUUUCCAGGCAGUAUAGCAUAUCCUAUUUAAUUUUAUCUGCGAGCAUUGAUAGAUGUUAUAUGCAUUUAAGUUAUAUGCAUUUAAGAUACAGAAUAUUUUAAU